GUAGAGGAGAAGAAGAAUUCAGAUGAAGAGCGUGAAAGAAAGUGUCAUGAGUCAGAUAUUUUUCAAGGUGGUGAUGAUUCACAACAUGUUAGUGGAAAAAGAAAGAGAGAGAAUCCAAAAGAGACGCCAAAAAAGAUGAGGUAUCAUAGACCUCGGAUCAUGGAAGAGGGGAAAAAACCAAGGGAUCCCACCACUACUCGACUGAGAACUAUAUCCAAGAAAGGAAAGAAGAAGGAGUACAACAAGGACAGUGAAGAUGAUGAGGUUAUUAUACCCGAGCCUCCAACUCCACAAAAGCAGCAAAGUAGAAGUAAAACUGAGAAGCCUAAAAGGAGAAAUGUUGAUCGACUGAGAACCCCUAUAUCUAAGAAGGGAAAGAAAAAGGACAACAGCAGCAACGCCAGUGAAGAUGAUGAAGUUAUUAUAGCCGAGCCUCCAACUCCACAAAAGCAGCAAAGUAGAAGUAAAACUGAGAAGAAGCCUACAAGAAAUGUGGCUCGAGCUUUGAAUUUUAAUCUUCUUAGUUGUCUUGAGCUCGACAGAAUUUGUGGACCAACUUUUCCAAAGGGGAGAAAGAGGAUGACUCCAGCUCGUAGAUCUGAUUUCCACUGUUUGAUAUCUCCCUACUCAUUUCCUCUGCCUAUUUGGAAAAAGCAGUCAACAAGGUCUAACCGUAAGAAAAACUUGGUCAGAUGGUUUGGAAUUGCCUUGUCUCUUGAACUGCAAGAGCAAGAAAAGACCCUACCUUUAGUCGACAGGCACUUAUCUCAAGCAGAUGUUCCUUUGCACAUUGAAGACACGACUAAUUAUGUAGCACCAAAGAUGGAUUAUGCAUUCAAUAACAGAACUAAAGAUAUUGUUGAGCCGUUAAUCACUUAA